CGGCGCGGCCGGGCCGCAGAAGAUGGCGGCGCUGCGGGCGGGGCGGGCGCUGCUGCGGGGCGGGCGCGGGGCGCCGCGGGCCCGGGCGGCCUACCACAAGAAGGUGGUGGAUCACUACGAGAACCCGCGCAACGUCGGCUCCCUCGACCGCAACGCCAAGAACGUGGGCACCGGCCUGGUGGGGGCCCCGGCCUGCGGCGACGUCAUGAAGCUGCAGGUGGAGGUGGAUGAGAACGGGAGGAUCGUCGACGCCCGUUUCAAAACGUUCGGCUGCGGCUCAGCAAUCGCCUCCAGUUCCUUGGCAACGGAGUGGGUGAAAGGGAAGACGGUUGAUGAAGCGUUGAAGAUCAAGAACACAGACAUUGCCAAAGAGCUCUGCCUUCCCCCUGUCAAACUGCACUGCUCCAUGUUGGCUGAAGACGCCAUCAAGGCUGCCUUGGCUGAUUACAAGUUGAAGCAGGAUCCAAACAAAGAGGAGUCCUCAAAGCAAGCAAACAAUGCCUGAACUGCACAGCUUGUCCUCAUUCCACCUCCGUUUGCAGUGCGAUUAUUGUAGCUGUUAGUAGGAUCCUGUGCACAACUCAAUGAAGCUGUAAGAUACGCACAACUUACGCACAAUGUGUCACUCCCCAGGUGUGUGCAGCUGCUCCUGUGCUGCCACAGCUGGGAUGGGGGUGUUCCAGCAGCUGGAAUCCUGUCAUGACUCUGUUGGAAAUGUUAAGAGUGAAGACUGCUCAACUGCAGAGAACUUGGUAGCUUCUCUUGGGAGAGAAAAUCCUGCUGGUCUGGUACUGGAAGGGCUGUACUUUUAUUUUUUGGGAAGCUGUAUCGUUUUGCCUAAUAAUUUCCAGAAUUGAGUGGGAA